AUGGACUGGGCUGACAUAGCAGGAAGUGAACUGAGCUCCAGCGACGAUGAAACACGGAACAUGAGCAAGGCAAAUAAAAAGGACGGAAGCGAAAGCGAAAGCGAAACCGAACAGCAUGUAGAGCACGCAGCGAAAGCUGACACUAACGAGUUGAUAGACGCAGAAGAUAAAAUUGGCACAUCUGAAUCAUCAAACCACAACGGCGUUGUUCUCCCAUCAGCUGAUGCGAUGCUCAAUUCUAGGAUUAACGUACCGUCCUUUGUGAACAUGGCGUUUAGUAAACAG